GACUUAGAUAGAUAAGCCAAUGCUACUUAAUUUUAUAUCAUCUCAUUCAUAGUCGGUCGAUAACCUCGUUAGAAAGCGUCUAAUCUCAUGCUUUCAGCUUCGAGAUCGCCACGGGACGUAAAACAAUGACCCAUCCGCAAGACGAGGUUCACCGCCGUUCCCUGGAGGAUCCAGAGAGAUUCUGGGGCCGCCAUGCUGAGAAGCUGUAUUGGCACAAGAAGCCAGACGCGGUCAUAACUAAGACGACGCGGAAACUCAAAAGCGGAUUGGAAUAUCCUCAUUGGGAAUGGUUCUCAGGCGGUAAAAUAUCAACAUGUUUCAACUGCGUUGAUAGACACGUCCUCGCUGGUAACGGCCACCAGCCUGCCAUCUUCUAUGAUAGCCCCGUUACCAGGACAAAGGCUACUAUCACCUACGCGCAACUACUCGACCAGGUCGAGGUCACGGCUGGUGCUCUGAGAGAAGAAGGCGUUAAGAAAGGGGAUGUUGUGUUGGUUUAUAUGCCAAUGAUACCAGCCGCUCUCAUCGGAAUUCUCGCCAUUAACCGGCUUGGGGCGAUCCACGCUGUUGUGUUUGGCGGGUUUGCUGCAGCCUCUCUAGCCCAGCGCAUCGACGCAUCCAAACCCGUGGCUAUCUUGACGGCUUCAUGUGGGAUUGAUGGAGCCAAACCACCCAUGAGUUACAAGCCUUUUAUCUCGGAGGCUAUCAAACUAUCUAGUCAUAAGCCAAGUCGUGUCAUAGUCUGGCAGCGAGAUGAACUGCGCUGGGAUAAUCUCGAUAAAGCAGCCGGCGAGCGUAAUUGGUUCAAGAUGGUGCGCAGUUGCAAGGCGAGAGGCGUGAGGGCCGAUUGCGUGCCUGUUGGCGCUACCGAUGAGAUUUACAUAAUCUACACCAGUGGAACAACAGGUUCACCCAAAGGUGUUGUCCGUCAAGCAGGUGGUCAUGCGGUUGGACUACACCUUUCGAUGGGCUAUUUAUUUGGCGUUCAUGGACCUAGGGAUGUGAUGUUCACAGCGAGUGAUAUAGGCUGGGUAGUAGGACAUUCCUACAUCAUAUAUGCCCCCCUUCUUAUCGGGGCUGCCACAAUCCUCUUCGAAGGAAAGCCUAUCGGAACACCUGAUAGUUCGACUCUCUGGCGCAUCAUACAAGAUUAUAAAGUGACGACCCUUUUCACUGCUCCAACUGCUCUUCGAGCUAUUAAGAGAGACGACCCAGAGAACAAGUUUCUCAAGCGGAUAGGCGAACAGGGUGGCCUAAAAAGCCUCAAGGCGCUUUUCCUUGCGGGUGAGAGGUCCGAGCCCUCAAUAGUAACGAUGUAUGACGACCUCGUACAACGAUAUGGUGCUCCCGGCGCCACCGUAGUGGACAAUUGGUGGUCGUCAGAAUCCGGAUCACCAAUGUCGGGCAUCUGCUUGGCCCCGCACGUAGGAGACACCGAGGGUACCAUAAGCAAAAGCUAUAAGCGGUUAUCGAUCAAACCGGGAAGCGCCGGCAAGGCAAUGCCAGGAUUUGACGUCAGAGUGGUGGACGACAAUGGGAACGAGGUAAAGAGGGGGAAGAUGGGCAACAUCGUUCUGGCGAUCCCCCUAGCCCCAACAGGUUUCACGACGCUGUGGAAAGACGAUGAAAGGUUUUAUAACGGUUAUCUAAAAAGGUUUGGUGGAAAAUGGGUUGACACCGGCGAUGCUGGCAUGAUAGAUGCUUCUGGGUACAUUAGCAUCAUGAGUCGGAGUGAUGACUUGAUUAAUACGGCCGGCCAUCGGCUUUCGACUGGUUCCAUCGAGCAGGCAAUAACAAGCCACCCUCUAGUCGCAGAAGCCUGUGUAGUCGGCAUCCCAGACUCUUUAAAAGGCCAGCUUCCUUUUGCCUUUAUAACCUUGUCGGUGCCUGACCAUCCCACGUCCGCCGUACCAGAUAAACAGCUGUACGGCGAGAUCCAGAAGCUUGUUCGGAGCCAGAUCGGAGGCAUCGCAACGCUCGGGGGCAUAAUCCAGGGCAAGGGAAUGAUCCCCAAGACGCGGUCGGGCAAGACGUUGCGAAGAGUUCUAAGGGAGCUGGUUGAAAAUGCGGUCCACGACGAGCUUGAAAACGAAGUCCAGUACCCGGCCACCAUCGAGGACGCGUCGGUGGUCAAUGUAGCAAGAUCCAAGGUCAUAGAAUACUUUAAGCAUAAAGGGGAAGCGCACAAAGCGAUCGAGGCAAGGGCCAAGUUGUAG